AUGUCACCACGACGCUCGUCUCGAGCACGAGCAACCCAACCGCCUCAUCUCGCCCAUAACACCAGCACCCACAGCGCCGGGAACAAUGGCAAUGGCUCGUCGUCCAAUUCUGCCACCUCGUCGCUUCGCGCGGAGCGCUCCACCCGCUCCGCCGUCAAGUCGGGGAGCCCUCAGAAGACCGAGGAUAUCACGCGGUCUGAUGAUGAGGUCGAGGACGACGAGGCCAGUGAAAACAUCAAACGCGAAUCCCGACGAAACCGGACCUCGGGACGUCGCAAUGGCAACCAUGACUCCUACGCCCAAGCGGAUGACGACGGUGACAUGGACAUGGACGAGAUCGAAGUCGAGCCGCAGGCCAUCGAUGAGAUAAUUGAGGAGGAAGAGACAACGCGGUGCAUAUGCGAACAACUGGAAUACCCUGGCCCGCCGGUCAUGGAGGUGGCCGUCACCACCGGGCGGGCCACGAAAGGAAGAAUGGGAUCGGCCAGUGGUCCAGCCAUGGCCGCCAUCAUCGCCUCAACCGGCGCGGAUGCCCAGUUUGUCGGCGAAGAAGCUGGCAGUCUCUUUAUUCAGUGCGAUUCUUGCAAGGUCUGGCAACACGGUGGGUGUGUCGGGAUCAUGGAAGAAUCGUCCUGUCCCGACGAAUAUUUUUGCGAGCAGUGCAGACCAGAAUACCAUCAGCUGGGUAAAAGUACUAUUGGUCAAAAAUACUCCAAAUAUCUCCCCGUCGUCGAACCGAAUAAGCCUCUACCGAAAUCUUCUCGAAAAGUCUCGGCCUCCCAAAUCAAAGAAACCGAAGCUCAGGCAGCCAGAGAUCGUGAACAGGGCAAAUUGAGUGCGCGUAGUAGCGUCGAUAUCCUCACCAAACGGAGAUCGACCAUGAAUAGUCGCGCCGCAUAUGACGAGGAUGAAGUGCUCCGGAAAGUACUCGAAGAAAGCAAAGGAGACUUGCCGACAGGAUCUGAACAAAGACGAGCCAAGCGAGUUCGAGAUGAUAGCGAAGAUGCUAGCAAAUCGCCGUCGAAACGAAUGCGGACCAUGUCCGUGUCCACCGGGCACUCUCGGACUUCGGAAUCUGCCGGUAUACCCGACUCGGACCAAGAAACACCUCGAGCCUCGAAACACUCCAAGAACGGGAGAGAUGUGGGCUCCCGAAAUUUGCGGGAAAAGGAGCCUCGGGAAAAAGAUAAGGGGCGCCUUGAAGUCGCCAAACGGAGAGGCGGAAGGGGAGAACGGAGGAGAAAUGACGGCCUCGAGUCGUCCCCCGUCUCAUCCACCCCCCAACCCAACUCCUACCCCAACUCCCUCCCUCCCCGCUCCACCCUCCCUGACCCCAACGGCACCCCCACCCGCGACACCUCGACUGCCCUCCCCGACUCCCCCGCCCCCUCCACCUCUGGCGUCCCCCCUCACCCCACCUCCUCCCACAAAAAAGGCGGCCGACCCCCCACCAAACGCCGCCUCGGCCGCAACCAAUACACCCGCGACCCCACCGCCAGCGCCGACCACAGCCCCAAACCCGACUUCGCCGACGCCAGCCCCAGCUCCGCCGACGCCUCGGGCGGCCUCCACCCCGACGUCGUCAACGGUGCCACCGCCAAAUCCGACAAGCCUGAUGGUGCCGUCCAGACCACACAAACCGGGACCGGCAGACGGAAGGGCCGCGAGCGCCACGGGCUGACGGAUCUAAGGAAACGCGCGGCGUAUAUGAUGGAGUAUAUCUCGCGUGUGCAAGUCGACCUCGCACAGCGGCCGGGGGUAAAUGGCAAUGGCAACGGCAGCGGCAGCGGCAGCGGGACUGGCACCCCGAAGAAAGGCCGACGCGCGGACGAGUCACCUGGGAGCGGUGGCGGCAGCGGAGCGUCGAGCCGCGAGGCGACAGUGAAGGAGGAAGGGAGCGUGGCGGAAACGUUACGGACGAUGUUGAGCGGGGGCGGGGAAAUGGGGUUAUCGACGUUUCAGGGGCUGAGCACGAUGGAGAUGAUGGAUGAUUUGACGCGGAAGUUGGUGCUAUGGCAGCGGGAGUUUGGGAAGUUUGGGGAGAAGUGA